CUGCUUUUAAUUUAAAAUAAUAAUAAUAAAAAAAGUUGACAUAUUCAGCGUAGAUUUGCUGUCAAGUCUUCGGAUUUUUAAAUCGGUCAAUUGAUUUUUUUGUACUGUCAUGUCUUCUCCGUCUGAAAUUCUGAUGAUCUAGCCACUGCAAAACGGCAGCCUCCAAAUUCUUUUCAGUGUGUGCGAAAAGAGACAGAAGCUAGCAAUGGCUCAUUCUGCUCUUGUUUCACUCAUGAAUACGCUUGAGCUGAUUUUGCACUCUGAUCGCUUUCACUUUUUCCGUGCCAAACACUAUAUCAUCUCUAUUUACAGAAAAGUUCGGUUCUUGCAAACGUUGUUCGAAGAUUCUCCCCAGAAGAGCAGCCAAGAAGAGGUGGAUUCCUUGGAAAUCCGCAUCAGAGAUUCAGCAUCUGUGAUCGAAGAUCUUGUUGAAUUCUACGUUUCGGAACAAGUCUAUGAAGAUUCUGACAGGUUCAUCGCCUGGUUGGAUUCUCCCACUGAUCUAGAAAACUGGGAGUAUCAGGAGUUGGAUGAAGUACUGGUGGAGAUUGAUUCCCUCGUGGAAGAGCUGUUGAAUGAUAGGUGCGGCUUGAAGGAUUUGCUGCCGAGGCAGCAUUUGCCUGUUCUUGGCUCUUCAAGAGAUGCUCGUGUUGGCAAGAAUGUGAUGGUGGGCUUCGACGAAGAUGUGAUGGAACUGAAGCAUAGACUUACCGGAUGGGAAUCUAAGCUCCAAGUCAUUCCCAUUACUGGCAUGGGGGGCGUGGGUAAGACGACUCUCGCUAGAAACCUUUAUGAUGAUUCACUUGUCAAAGAUCACUUUGAUCUUUGUGCUUGGGUAACAAUAUCCCAAACAUAUCUCGUGGACGAUGUAAUCCGAGGACUUUUAGCAAAUUUUGGAGUUGUCAUUAACAGACCAAAGGAAAAGAGUGUUCAAGAUUUGACGCAGACUUUGUGGAAAUUUUUGAAGGGUAGGAGGUAUAUAAUCGUAUUGGAUGAUAUGUGGAGUACACAAGUUUGGGAUGAUAUGAAAAGGAUGUUUCCGGAUGAUGGUAAUGGGAGUCGGAUCAUGUUGACGACUAGGCUGCAGGGUGUGGCCGUUUAUGCAACUGACUCCUUUAGCCCUCCUCAUCGGAUUCGUUUGCUGGACAAGGAUAAGAGUUGGCAUCUACUUUGUCAAGAGGUAUUUGGACAAGAAGGCUGUCCUCCGGAAUUUCAAGAAUUGGAGGAUAUUGGCAAGAUGAUAGCACACAACUGCAAAGGGCUCCCUCUUGCGGCUAGGGUGGUUGGUGGGCUUCUUGCAAAUUCAGCAAUGACACGAGAAUUUUGGGGGUACGUUGCUGAUAAUGUAAACUCAAUUACCAUAGAGAACGAUGAGCAGUGUUCCGAGAUAUUAUCUUUGAGCUAUAAUCAUUUGCCUCAUCAUCUCAAACCUUGCUUCCUCUAUUUGGGAGCUUUCCCUGAAGAUUAUGAAAUUCCCGUCACCAAGCUCAUCAGAUUAUGGAUAGCUGAGGGAUUUCUGAGACCAUCUAGAUCAAAAAGCUUGGAAGUGGCUGCUGAGGGAUACUUAAACGAUCUCAUUGACAGAAACCUUGUUAUUGUCCGCCAAAGAGGAUCAAAUGGGAAAACAAGAACAUGCACCAUGCAUGAUCUUUUAAGGGACUUGUGCUUAAAAGAAGCUCAAAAUGAGAAUUUUCUUCACAUCAUCAACAGGUCUGCUCAAUUUUCUCCCCCGGACAUGGAUAAUAUUCCACGUCGUUUGAUCAUGCAUCUAGAUAUUCCUGAAGGUAAUGACAUUACUGAAUGUAUGGAAUCAAUGACACUCACUCGUUCUGUUUUGUGCACCGGACGUGUUCUCUCUACAGUGCCAUUCUACCAAAGUUUCAGGUUUCUGAGGGUAUUGGAUUUUCUUGAAACAGAAUUCUCGGAAUUUCCUUUUGCGUUUCUGUUCCUAGUGAACUUAAGGUACCUUGCUUUCACUUUCCAAAGUUUUCCUGUACUCCCUUCUAAAAUAUCCCUACUUUGGAAACUCCAGAUAUUGAUUAUCAAGGAUCAGCAGAACUUGUUAAACAGAGAGUAUUUUCCUUAUUUCCAGUCCUACUGUGAAGUAGACACACCAUCGGAAGUCUUCCAGAUGGCACAAUUAAGACAUGUACAGAUGACAGAAAUUUUCUUGCCUAAUCCUAUUGAUAAGGAAAAUCCUGUUGUCCUAAAAGACCUGGAAACACUUUGCACGGUCGCAAAUUUCAGAUGUACAGAGGAGGUCCUGAGGAAAUUCCCUAACCUUAAGAAAUUGGGUGUGUAUUAUUAUGGUGCUGGCAUAGAAGACUGGUCCGCUUACGACCUCAAAAAUCUUGUCCGCCUAUCCAAACUUGAAAACCUGAAAUGCGUGUUCAACUGGCCGCCUAAUGAAACUUUGUUGCCAAAUCUCAGCUUCCCCCAGAGCCUCAAAAAGCUAACUCUCGAUGGCAGCAAUUUAUCUUGGAAAGUGUGGAAGCCAGUUGAACGGGAAUUUUCUCGACUCAAAUUCCUGCUAAUCGAGAAAAUGCGGCUGGUGCGGUGGAUAGCUGAAAACACACACUUCCCCUGCCUUGAGCACCUGAUCAUCAGCGCAUGCCAUGAUCUACAGGCGAUCCCUUCUGGUAUUGGAGAUAUACCAACACUAAAAAUGAUAGACAUCGACGACUGUAGCUCGUCUGCUGUCACGUCAGUAGAGCAGAUUCUAGAGGAGCAGCGAGACAUGGAGAAUAAUGUCCUACAAGUUCGUGUACGUCGCAUUUAGAAGGUAAUGAUACAAGUACUUUACUGCCUUCAUAUCUCUGCACAAAAUCACAACUCUCUCAAGACUGCAUUAGAAGUACAUCUAUAGCAGCAAAGAGGGGUCCCGGUCCAGUUUUUAUUUGUUUCUAACUUUACAAUGAAUUAAAAUCUAUGAAGAGUGUCAACUGCAAUGAUAUUAAACUCGGAGGCAAGAGUCAUAUGUCAUAACCCCAUCAUAGUAAAAAAAUAAUGAAUUAUUUACCAUUAUAAUUAAGUUAUAACUAAAUUUUAUUGUCAAUAAAUAGUUAGCAUCCGCUCUUAAGAUAAUAUACAAAUCUUAGUUUAUC